CAGCAGUGUUCUAUCCAGAUUUCCUCUUGAUAGUCCAUACUUUGGCCUUCCCCGCGAAUUGGAACACUUUCGUCUGCAGCAUUUGCAAAUAGAGAGAGAGCGAAAAAUCAGAGAUGAGUUUGCGGCUUCUCCUCCUCCCUCAAGGAGCAGAUCAUCCUCCCCGUCCAGCCCGAAGAUAGAUGUUGGCAGUCGUUCCAGAGACUCAAGCCCUCCAAGAAGCCCACCAGGAACUGACCCGCCCCAUGACGACGGGAUGCUGCAAAGAGUCUCUGACGAGAGCAGAGAGGAUCAGGAGGUUCCCAACAGCGACGAUUCAAGGGCAUUUGUAAGAUACGGCGAACGGAAAGGCUCGCCUGAACCUAAAAGUCCUACACCGUCCCCCUCCGAGCCGCUGCGUCUCCCUCACCACUUCUCUCCCUCCGCCCUGGCCACCAGCAUUUACUCCUCCGCCCCCCAUCACUCCGUCCUGUCGUCCUCACCUGCCUCCAUGUCUGCAGCAGAGGUUGCCAGAAAUUACUUCAGCAGCUGCAUGUACCCGCCGGGAGGAGGCUCGGCGGGCUGUCCCCCUGACUCUCGGACAGCUCUCUCUUACUUCCUCGUGCGUCCUGAGGCCAAAUACCCGCAUUCCCCGGCGCUGCUGCCAGCCCUAGCGCCGGCACUCAGCUCAUCUUCGCCGCCCUCCGUCGUCCAGUGAGGUCUUGAGGGAGUCCUGAAGAAGUCCGUUAAAGAAAUAGACAGCUCACA